AUGCAGGACUCGAAGCAGUGGCCAUAUGACCCCCCUCUCAGCGAUGCGGGCCUCGCCGCAUCUGAACAACUCGGAGUAAAGCUGCACCGGGCCGUGUGCGAGCUGGGUGCAGAGCUAAACGUUGUCAUUACAUCGCCUUAUCUCCGCUGCGUUCAGACGGCGGCCUGCAUUUGCAAAGCGUUCGGAAAACGCACGAAGCUUCUCAUUGACAACUCUCUUGGCGAGAUCUAUGGGCCCUGCAUCAUGCAAGACGAGGAGCCAGCAAGCCCAGUGCGGCCACUUCAGCAGAGUGCGGACUUUUGCCAUAGCCAAGGAGUGACUACUCUAGAGGUGCGCAAGAUUCUUGGUAAAUGGCCAGUUUGGCCAGAGACCUUGAAGGGAGCCAGACAGCGAUUUGCUGCCAGGUUCGUGGACUAUGUGAAACGGGGUUAUGCAGUUCACCGCAACUUCAUGAUUGUCUCCCAUGCCGAUUGUGUGGGUGGUGCGUUGGCCCUCAUACCUUGUGGCACAUGUAGGAACAAUGUAGAGAAGGUUAACUUUGGUGGGCACUUCAUGGUGCUCUGCCCGCAGCUGACACCUCCAAGUGACAGCGAGUCUUCUGAAGACGACCCUGUGGAGCAAUUGGAGAGAACGGCAGCAGCCGCUGUUCGUCGUAUGGCAGUGAUGCACCCAGACAAGCAAUUGAGCCCGGAAGUGGGUCUGCCGCCACCUCCGAUUCGUGUGAUUUGUUUGAGGAGCCGCGCUGCUGCUGUGGUCCGCCGUGAGGAGGCCCUGCAAGCAGUACGAGCAAAGAAGGAAUGGUCAAUUUUGCAAGGAUACGAGGAGGAGUACACAGACGUCAGUGAUUUGGGCAAUGACAUUGACAUGGGUCGGGAAGCAGGCUCCAUCAGAGCGCUGUAUUGCCAUUUAAUGAGUUGA